GGCGGACGGUGGCCGAGAAGGCCGAAUGGCAACGGCGCUGCUGCGUAGUAACAGCCGGCGCCUCAGCCGUUUGUUGCCGGUGCCUGUUUCUCGCCCUUUCGGCAGCAUGGAGGCCGCGGCUGCUGCUGCUUCUCCCUCAGGCCCGGCCGUCCAGGCUGGUCUGUGGCUCGGGGCGCUUCGUUUCGACAACCGGGCGCUGCGGGCCCUGCCUCUGGACCCGAGCGAGGAGAACGUGCCCCGGCCCGUGUCGGGCGCCUGCUUCUCUCGGGUGCGGCCUACCCCGGUACGCGGCCCUCGCUUGGUGGCUUCGUCCGCGCCGGCGCUGCAGCUGCUGGGCCUGAGGGAGCCUAAUGCGGCCGACGAGGAAGCCGAGGCGGCGCUCUACUUCAGCGGGAACCGGCUGCCGCCCGGCGCGGAACCCGCCGCCCACUGCUACUGCGGCCACCAGUUCGGCAGCUUCGCCGGGCAGCUCGGCGACGGCGCGGCCAUCUACCUGGGCGAGGUGCUGAACCCGCGCGGCGAGCGCUGGGAGAUCCAGCUCAAGGGCGCCGGCCUCACCCCUUUCUCCCGACAAGCAGAUGGUCGUAAAGUUCUGCGAUCAAGCAUAAGAGAAUUCCUGUGCAGCGAAGCAAUGUUUCACCUAGGAAUACCUACAACCAGAGCUGGAACGUGUGUAACAUCUGAUUCAGAAGUUAUUCGGGACAUUUUUUACGAUGGAAAUCCAAAAAAAGAAAGGUGCACAAUUGUCCUGAGAAUAGCACCCACGUUUAUUAGGUUUGGAUCAUUUGAAAUUUUUAAAGCUACCGAUGAAUAUACAGGACAUAAAGGCCCCAGUGUUGAUAGAAAUGAUAUUCGAAUACAAAUGCUUGAUUAUGUAAUCAGCACUUUCUACCCAGAGAUUCUACAAGCACACUCAGACAAUAAUGUCCAGAGGAAUGCUACUUUCUUUCGGGAGGUAACAAGGCGGACAGCAAGGAUGGUUGCCGAAUGGCAGUGUGUUGGAUUUUGUCAUGGUGUGCUCAAUACGGAUAAUAUGAGUAUAGUUGGACUUACAAUUGACUAUGGACCCUUUGGAUUUAUGGACAGAUACGAUCCUGGACAUAUUUGCAAUGGAUCUGAUAACGCAGGGCGCUAUGCUUAUAAUAAGCAACCAGAGAUUUGUAAGUGGAACCUAGGCAAGCUUGCUGAAGCCUUAGUCCCAGAACUUCCAUUGGAAAUCAGUAUACCCAUCCUGGAAGAAGAAUAUGAAGCAGAAUUUGAGAGGCAUUAUUUGCAAACAAUGAGAAAAAAGCUAGGAUUAAUUCAGCUCCAGUUGGAUGAUGAUAAUAAAUUGGUUUCUGAUUUAUUGGAAACUAUGCGGGUCACAGGUGCAGAUUUUACAAAUACUUUCCGCUUGCUGAGCUCUUUCCCAGCAGAUUCUGACCCUUUAAAACUGGAAGAGUUCUUAGAUAAGAUUUCAAAGCAGUGUGCAUCCUUAGAAGAACUGAAAGUGGCAUACAAGCCUCAAAUGGACCCCAGACAGCUUUCAAUGAUGCUGAUGUUAGCCCAGUCUAACCCACAACUUUUUGCCUUAAUUGGGACAAAAUCUAACAUAAAUAAAGAACUGGAACGCAUAGAGCAAUUUUCUAAGCUACAGCAGUUAACAGCAUCUGAACUGGUUAGUAGAAAUAAAGGACACUGGAAAGAUUGGCUUCAGAACUACAGAGUUCGGCUAGAAAAAGAAAUGGAGCAAUUUGGCAAUUCUGAUAACUGGAGUGCUGAGCAUGUGAAAAUUAUGAACUCAAAUAACCCAAAAUAUAUAUUGAGAAAUUACAUUGCUCAGAAUGCUAUAGAAGCAGCAGAAAAUGGAGACUUCAUGGAGGUAAGGAAAGUUUUGAGGCUUCUCGAAAAGCCAUAUGAAGAAGACUUGGAAUGCUACAAUGAGGCAACCGAGGAUCCUGAAGUAGAAGAAGUGGGGGCUGCAGCUGCUGAGUGCAGUUCAGCAUCCAGGAGAAGAGUUCCCUAUAGCAGUAAACCUCCACUCUGGGCUUCAGAGCUCUGUGUUACAUGAUCUUCCUAACUGCCUUGUUUGUAUUUUCCACAAAGGAAUAUUGAUCUUCCCAAGUGGAGAGUGCAGCAAGGUGGAUAGAAGUGCUAUUAAGUCUCAAACAGAUGGGUCGGAUGUCUUCACAGUCUCACUUGAGCCAUAUUCAUUUUACAACUUGUGACCAUCACAGCUGUCCACGCACACUGCUGAAAGACAGACCAAAGUGUUAUCUUUUAUUCAUCGCAAAGUGCAGUUAUAUUUUUUCCGCACUGAUCUGUGAACAUCCAAGUGAAAUCUGUGUUUAUGAAGACAAAAAUAGCAAUCCAGAUGCUGGAAUUAUUUUUGUCUGAAAAUGAACUUAUAGUACUUCCUGGCAAUAUAUUUGUAACAUUUGUAUUAUUAUUAUGCAGGGAUAUCUCUCAAUGGGGAGUGGGUUUAAGCUCAUCAUUGCUUAUUCUAAGCUAUGUUUCAUUUAAUUGCGUAGUUCAUUUAUUGUGAACGUUUGUGUUUAAAUCAGGUUUUUAGAGAAAUUAUUUUUCGGUCGUAGGGAAAAGAUGAUGGUGUAUAUUUUAACAAAUGGAAUGAAGAAGAAACCUAGUUUCAGUGUAAAUGAUUUACAUAUAGUGGCUUGAAUUCAGUUAGGGUCAUAACUAUACUAAAGCAUAUGGUUCAAGACUCUAUUCUGGGUCUGUGCGUGCAGUUUGAUUUACUGGAUCAGGAAUAGUUAAUGCAAUCCCACAAAAAGAGGCUCCAUGCUAACAACGCCAAUUGUUGGAAUAGUGGGGGGGGGUGGCUCCCUUCUGCCUCCUGUAGGUGUUCAGCAUUGACAGUAGGGAGCAUGGGUCAACAGGUUAAUUUUUGCCAAAAUGUAUAAUGUAUAAAUUGCUUUGUAUUUGAACAAUGCCUUGAAAUGAUGUAUGCUUUCACUCUUGCGUCUCAGAUAACCUAUUUAUUUCUUAUGUAAACAACUUUGCUACCUCAUGGAAAGUCUUCCGUUCUCGUGCUUUUUGCCUUUUGUGGCAAUUGGGUUAUAUUUUAACUUUAGCUUAUUUCAGCUUCAGCGAAACAGCUGCAUGAAAACAUGGCUGUUCUUCAGAGGUGUGUUAAAAGAGGUGUUGCUCCAAUGCAUCCUGAUGGCUGUGACUGUAGUCCCAAGGACUGUUCUUUACAGUCAGUAUCCCUUUAAAAUCAGUAGGCAUGUACUGGAGUGUCAACGCACCUCUGAGAUAUUGUGAUCUUUCUGCCUUAUAAUGUAAACAUAGACUAGCAGUUGAAAAAUAAAAAUACGUUGAUGUGAGUUACUGACAAAUGGCAGGCGCAGGAAUUUUUGUAAACAACUGCUAAACUUGCUUUUAAUUUAGAAUCCUGUACACACAAAUGAAUGAAUAGGGCUAUUAUUGAUUGGUCUUGCUGUUAGCAGAUCUUAACUGUGGAUUCUGAGGGUCUUAUGUAGAGUUUUAAAUUUAAAAAACAGUGCUCAGGUCAGCUGUUGUGAAUGGAAUACCUAUUGCCCACAAUCAAAAUUAUUUACUUUUUAUGCAGUUUUAGCAAUAAAAACAUGCCACAUGAAAGUUUUUAUGAUACUUUUAAGUAUUGCACUCUAUACCUUUUGAAGGAUGUUGUGGACAUUUCCUCAUUCUGCAAAUAAUAGCAAAAAUCUGAAAUCUAUUAUCCUGAGCUGUGUUCAUUGAAAAUAAAUUAUUUUGACCAUGCUUAUAUUAA